AUGGAACAGGUACAUAAUGUGUCUGAAUUCAUUCUUCUGGGACUCUCCCAGGAUCAGGAGUUAGAGAAAGUCUUUUUUGCGUUAUUUUUGCUCUUCUGCAUACUUGUUGUGUUUGGAAACCUCCUCAUUAUUGUUACUAUAAAGAGCAGCCAGAAUCUGAACUCUCCCAUGUAUUUCUUUCUGACUUACUUGUCUUUGCUAGACCUCUCCUUCUCUUCUGUAACGGCCCCAAAGCUCAUUGCAGAUAUGCUUGUUGAGAAGAAAGUCAUCUCCUUCAAUGGUUGCAUGGCACAACACUUCUUAAUGCAUUUCCUUACUGCUUCUGAGGUGUUCAUACUCACAGUGAUGGCCUAUGAUUGUUAUAUUGCAAUCUGCAAACCUCUUCAUUACACUACCAUCAUGAGCAAAUGUGUGUGCAACCAGAUGGUGGUCGCAUCAUGGAUGGGGGGAUUUAUUCAUUCUUUUGCACAGACUCUCCUGACUUUUCAGCUCCCCUUCUGUGGGCCUAAUGUGAUUGACCAUUAUUUUUGUGACGUUUUCCCUUUGCUGAAGCUGGCCUGCACUGAUGUUCGCAUUGUUGGCUUCUUAGUUGUUGCAAAUAGCGGGAUGAUUGCCAUUGUCUUUUUUGUGUUAUUCGGAUCUUAUGUUGUCAUCUUAUUUCCCCUGAGAACUCGCUCUUCGGAAGAAUGUCAGAAAGCUCUUUCCACCUGUGCUUCCCAUAUUGUUGUAGUUAUUCUAUUUUUGGGGCCACCUAUGUUCAUCUAUUUACGCCCUUCCAUCACCUUCUCAGAAGAUAAGAUGGUCUCUGUUUUCUAUACAAUUAUUGUUCCCAUGCUGAAUCCAUUGAUCUAUACCCUGAGAAAUAAGGAGGUGAAAAGUGCCAUAAGAAAAUUAUGGAGCAGGAAACUAACCUUGAACAGGAAACAAAAAAUAUCAUGGGUAGAAUAA